AUUUCGUGUCGUCUUCCGAGAUUUUUCAAAAAUUAAAGCUUUUUCGUGCAAUUUAGUCAAAAAUUAGGCGAUAAUUGCAACAAUGAGUUGCAGCACUUGACGGAAAACGUAAAAAACAAGAGAAAAAUUGCACAUUUCGGGUGCAAUUUUUAGUGAAAGUCCUUGAAGGAUACUCGCAAACAAAAACUUGAAGCAACAAGUGCCUUAAAAGAAUUCAAUUUGAAGGAAUUUCAUGAAAAUUUAGCUUUUUUCUGCGAAAAAGACAAAAACCGCUCACUUUCCUUCGAUACGUGAUCCCGUCAAGACGUAACAAUGGACGAGAAAUCCCUAAAUGGGCAAAUUUUGCAAACAAACAACAUUGAAUUGUGUCUCGUGUGUGGCGAUCGUGCCUCUGGACGACAUUAUGGCGCAGUUUCGUGCGAAGGAUGCAAAGGUUUCUUCAAACGAUCCAUUCGGAAGCAGCUGGGAUACCAAUGUCGCGGUCAGAUGAAUUGCGAAGUGACGAAACACCAUCGGAACCGUUGCCAGUAUUGUCGCUUGCAAAAGUGCCUGGCAUGCGGAAUGCGAAGUGAUUCGGUGCAACAUGAACGGAAACCCAUCAUCGAUAAGAAGGAAAAUAAUGGAGGCAUGUCAAAUAAUAACACAGGACCGUCGAAAUAUGCGAGACGAAAGGAUACGAGUGCUUUGAACAAUCAAACGAACAGUAGUCCGUACAUGGGACUCUUUGCGGGAUUUAAUUUUGCCGAGUUACAAAAUUCGAUUGAGGCACAACAAAGAGCUCUUUCGGAGGCAAGUUACGGCGACAACAAUUACGACUCUCCAAUCAAGCAAAUUGACGAAAAAAUUGCUCCAACUAUUGACAGUGCCCCAAUGUUGGCGCCUUUUGUCUCAGCAUUGACAUCUCUCACGCCGCCCUCGAACGACUUGAUCGAACUGGCGAUGGAGAAAGAGCUCAUGGCACAAUGCGUCGAACUCAUCGGCAAACUUCAGAGCGACAUUAACAGCUUCGACGAAGAAAACGCGCUUCACAUCAAAAACGAGUCCUUCGAUCGCAAAGAAAACGACUUUUUGCCACAAAUGCUGACGGAACAAAAUGUAAAAUUUGAGUUGCAACCACCGAGUCUCUUUCCGCCCCUCAUGAAUGCGCAUUACGUCUGCGAAACGGGAAGUCGUCUGUUGUUCCUCUCAAUCAAUUGGGUGAAAAAAAUUCGUGCCCUGCAAAUUCUGAAUGAAGACACACUCGUGCAGAUGCUGAAAAAUUGCUGGCCCGAACUGAUUCUCAUCGGAUUGGUGCAAUGUCGUCAAUUGUUGUCCAUUAAUUCGAUUCUGAUGGCACUCUUGAACCAACUCAAAUCGUUAAUUGUGCAGGAGAAAAAGUCCGGGGCAAAGUUGCAACGAACGUGUCAACAUGUUGUCGCCAUCAAGGAUUUCAUCAUGGAUGUCAGCAAAAUGAAUUGUGACGAAUACGAGCUUGGCUUCAUGAAACUCGUGUGCGUUUUGUCGGCAGACACGGAAAAAACGUCGGAAGCAGCGCAGUUGUACGAUCGCACGAUUGAAAAUUUGCGGCAAUAUUUGGAGACUCAUGAAAUGGAGAAUCAGCAUGGCGAGACGCCGUUUAAUCGAUUUUCCAAAAUUAUACUCAAAGUUAUGGCAUUGCGCACGUUGGACCAGGAAAUUGUCGAAGAGUUGCUCUUUAAUAAUUUGUUGCAGCAGAUCAAGAUUAACAGCAUUAUUCCGUAUAUUGUGAGUCUUGGAGGUUCAAAUGGAAAUGAUUCUGGCAGCGAUUGAUGAGUUUCCGGUAAUUGUAAACAAUUCUGAGAGUAUUAUGUAGUAGACAAAAUAAAAAAAUAGCAGUAUAAUAGACAAACAGCAAUAGAUCGUAGUAUCAUACAGGGGCCUUUUCCUAACGAAUAUA